AUGAAGACCACCUCAGCCCUCGCCGCGGCGCUGUUCGCGCUGCGCUCCUUCGCGACCGACCCCCUCACCGCCGACAAGGCUGAGGCCGACAUUCUGACCACGGAACUCGAGCGCAACCUCUGGAACUUGAACAAGAUUGCCAAGGACAACGGCGGCAACCGUGCUUUUGGUCUUCCGGGUUACAAGGCGUCGUCCGACUACAUCCUCGAGCGUGUCCAAGGCCGCUUCCACAAGCAGCUUGACACCAAGAUCCAGUACUUCAACCACACCUUUGCCCAGACUCGUGAGAUCAAGGUCACCGGUCCCGACGAUGAAGAUGUCUACGUCGUAGCUCUUCAGUACAACCACCCGACCUCGCUUCCCGACGGCGACACUGCACCCCUCAUUGACAUCCCCGUCGAUGAUGAGCGAGGCUCUGGCUGCUUCGCCGACCAGUGGGAAGGUAUCGAUGCCACCGGCAAGCUCGCGCUCGUCAAGCGCGGUGUCUGCGCCAUCUCCGACAAGCUCAAGCUCGCCAAGGCUGCGGGUGCCGUCGGUGUCAUUCUCUACAACCAGACUCCUGGCACCAACAUCGGCUCUGCCACCUUGAGCGCCGAGAACCUGGGCCUGCUGGUGCCCGUUGGUCUUAUCCCUCUCGAGGUUGCGACCGCCUGGCAGGAGCGGCUCAAGGCCGGUGAGACCCUCGAGGUCACCCUCCUGGUCGAUGCCGAGUGGGAUGAGCGCGAGACCUGGAACAUCAUCUCCGAGACCAAGGAGGGCGACCCCAACAACGUUAUUGUCCUCGGUGCUCACUUGGACUCUGUCCAGGCUGGACCCGGUGUUAACGACGACGGCUCUGGUACUAGCGCUCUCCUUGAGAUCGCCGGCUCCUUCAAGAAGUACUCGGGCUUCAAGAACAAGGUCCGCUUCAUCUGGUGGGGCGCCGAGGAGAGCGGUCUCGUCGGAUCUCUCUACUACACUGCUCAGCUGUCCGAGGCUGAGGCCGACGCCAUUCGCUUUUACUGGAACUACGACAUGAUCGGCUCCAUCAACCCCGUCUACAACGUCUACCUCGGCGACAACGAGGGCGACAAGUUCGGCGCCCAGCCCAUCCACGACUACAUCGCCGCCCAGGGCAAGCCAGCCGCUUUCGGUGGCUUUGGCAGCAGCUCCGACUAUGUUGGCUUCCUUAGUCUGGGAAUCCCCAGCAGUGGGAUUUUCACCGGCGCCGGUGAACCAACCGACCCUUGCUAUCACUUGGCUUGCGACACCCUCGACAACAUCAACUGGGACGCCAUUACCAUCAACACCAAGGCAGCUGCCCGUGUUGCCGCCGACUUCGCCAACGAGCUGCCCGCGGGUCUCCCCCGUCGCAGCAAGACUACGCCUGCCCGCCGCAACCGUGAGGCCAUUCGCCGCGAGUUUCAGAGGUGGGCUCUCGCUGCUGAGCAGGCCGAGCACGCCAAGAGUUGCUCUCACGGCGAUGACCAUGUUGUUUAG